UGUGAUAAGAAACUUGUAAAAAAUGCAGAUGAAGUUGACGGUGAUUUGGACUUGGAACUUUUUGACAAACUUAUUAUACAAGUUCGAAAUGAAUCCAUUAAUAAUAGUAUAAUAAAUAAACGUAAAUCAAUAAUGCCGCCAAAAACUGGUGGGAAGGCAGUGAAGAAGGCUGGUAAAGCCCAGAAAAGUAUUAAUAAAGCUAACAAGAUGAGACGCAGGAGGAAGGAAAGCUACGUUAUUUACUAUUUUAUUAUUUAUAAAGUUUUGAACCAAGUGUAUCCAGGUACUGGUAUUUCUAGUAAUGCCAUGAGUAUCGUGAACAGUUUUACAAAUGAUGUUUUUGAACGCAUUGCAGCAGAAGCAUCUCGCUUGGCGUACUACAAUAAACGAUCGACAAUUACUUUUCGAAAAAUUCAAACAGAAGUACGUUUGCUUCUUCCUGGAGUGUUGGCUAAGCAUGCGGUUAGUGAAGGAACGCCGUUACGAAAUACACCAGCUUAAAAUAAACAAACGAUUACUU